UGGUUGGUCGACUCCCUAGGGGCCAUCUCAUUGGCAAUUGAAGCAUCUCGGCUUUAGAGUCAUCCUUCCGACUCCGGGACGCAUUGGUGAUUGUCUUUUCACGAGCCAGGAAACACGAGGCAUGUUACGCAGUCCGUGUGCUAACUGGUCGGGGACUUUGCAAGUGCCAAGUGGCAGAAGAAGAGCAGCCCUUUCUUCUCCGAUUUGGGGUGGGGGAGCAAAAACAGCGGACGUUUGGGAAAGUUGCGAUUGGCUAAGGCAGAGGGGAGGGGCCGGGGAGCCUUUGGCGGGUAUUGGGGGCCGCGCUACGAUUUUGUCUCCGCAGAGCACUGAUUGGACAUCUGGAUUGCUUACAUCACCGCAGAAGGCGGGGCCUUUCCAAUAAAUCCUGAAAGCCGGGACGAGGCUGCAGUAACUUUAGCUGCAGUUUAGGCUUGGCUCUCAGUGAAGAGGUGGAGACUGUGAGUCCGGUUCUGCAGAAGACGUCGUCGCAGUCGCAGCAUCUCGCGCCCACUGCCUCCGCUGCCGCCCCCGAGUAGGAGACGGUCCCCUUCACACCCUCUCCACCAGAGAGAUGUCUGCUCCAGCACAGCCACCUACACCAGGAGCCCCAGAAGGGGGUGCCCCAGGAGGUGGUCCACCUCCCAAUACAACUAGUAACAGACGGCUGCAGCAAACACAGGCACAAGUGGAGGAGGUGGUAGAUAUCAUGCGUGUGAAUGUGGACAAGGUCCUGGAAAGGGAUCAAAAGCUGUCUGAAUUGGAUGACCGUGCAGACGCCUUGCAGGCAGGAGCAUCACAAUUUGAGAGCAGUGCUGCCAAGCUAAAGAGGAAGUACUGGUGGAAAAAUUGUAAGAUGAUGAUCAUGCUGGGAGCCAUUUGUGCCAUCAUCGUGGUAAUUAUUGUAAUCUAUUUUUUUACUUAAUGUACCACCCCCCUCCUUCAUUCCCUGCCCCCAUCAGAACUCAUACCCCUUUCCCACUGUUCACUCUCCCAGCAGACCCAGUCCAUUCACCUUGUCCUUACCCAGGCUCCUUCAUUUCCUCUUCUUUAGUUGCUUUGGUUUGUACUUAAACCCCCCCACACACUGGCCAUGCUGCUCUUGAGGUGGCUGCAUUCUCACUCCAUGAAGCACAGGUAGCCAGUGUUUGGCCUCUCCCCUUCAGAAAACAACUGUGCCCAAACCACAGGAAGUGGAGUGGAGGUCAAGGGAGAAGCAGGUCAGCCAAGAUCAUGUCCAGAGGAAUCUGCCCAGUGGGAGCAGGGAGUGCAGGGGCCUUGGCAACCCAGUGGGAGGAUUGGUGAGAAGGUAGGGAAAUGGCAGUCUCUUCACAGCCACCCUCACCUCACCGCCUACUCAGCCUCUUAGUGGGCUCUGUUAGUAGGUGGGAAAACCUUGGCCUGGACCAUCCUGGGCCAUCAGAAAUCACAGUAGUGAUUUUGGUAGUACAGCAGUAUAGCUUUAUUUGGAAAGAUAUUUUGGAGGUCUGGGGCAAUAACAUGCAGAGUCUGAUCAUUAUUUUUAUAAUUAAGUGCAAUACUCACAAGCCUAGAAGACCUUGAAUUAUGUCCACUCCCAGUGUGUUCCUGGUACGCAGUGUUUUUAGAAGGAUUUCCCUCUCUCUCUUGCUGCUGCUGCCGCCUCUGCCUUUAGUCUGGCCUGGGAUCUGCCAGUGUUUCUGGUGCUGUAGAACUGGUGGGUUUGGACACUUUUCCCUUUGACUUAGAAAACAUUGGGGUGCUGUUUUGCCCAUUUUCUGCUCCCCCAUUUAGAAGUGGUACCAGAGACUGGUAAGAUGUCAGGUCAACUCUUAGUAGACAAAUCUAAUAGUGUGUGAGGGGACCCAAAAAUAAUAUCCUUUGCAAUCAGAAUUUGGGACUAUUGGUUAAUCUUAGUCAGUGUAAAGAUACUGAAAAGAUGUGCCCUGGGAACUCAGCUGAGGGUAAGGUGAGAUAAGGGACCUCAUUCAAGAGUAACAAGUCAAUCAGUAAGCAUUUAUUAAGUACCUCUUAUGUGCCAGGCACUGUGCUAAGAACUGGGGGUACAAAGAAAGGGCAGAAACAGUCCCUGGCUCCUCAAGGAGUUCAUUUUCUAGUGGGGAAGCCAGUAGAUGAACAACUAAGUAUCUAUACGAUCUAUACAGAAUAGCUAGAAGAUGGUCUCGGAAGGAAGGCACUGGGGUGGGCGCUGAGGGGGGAGGAGGAAUAGGGAGGAGUAGGAGGGGGUGGAUAAGGAGGACCAGGAAAAGCUUCCUGAUAAAGAAGGUCACCAAGGUUUGGCUGGGAUAAAAGCAGCCUUGUUAGAGUAGAUGGUUGAUUUCUCCUUUUCCUUUGAUGGCAGGAAGGUGGAGGUUUGGGAACUGGAGGUCCCUGAUACCUUGGAAAAGUCCUUUCUCAGCUCUGCCCCAUUGUCAUACCAAAGACAGGGAUGUAGUGAUAGGCCCAGCCUGGAAACAAGACUAUAAGAUUUUUCAGGCAGCCCAGUCCAUUGUAGAUGCUAGACCAGUGUCUUCCUUUUGGGGGUAACUGCUGUAGCUAUUAGCUGUGUGGCUGUGCUGACAUUUAGGUUUUCUUCCUUGAGAGCCAUCACUUUGCCAUCCUACCUACCAUUCAGUACCUUUUCUGUCCACUGGCCCCUUCAUGCUAAUUUUAAGUCUCUUUCCUUCUGUAAUGCUUGGGUUUAUUGGCCCAGGCAGAGGGAUCAUAACUGUGUCCAGUUUUCUGAUGUACCAUAGGGAUUUCCUUCUAGCUUUAAGACAGGAUGCCAAAUGAGACUCCUCCUGGGUAGGUACAACAGUGACCUCUUCUCCCACCUCUAUAUAUAGUCAAGCAAAGGGAGUAUAGGGCUUGGGGCUGCAUGUUCACCUUCCAUGCACCACCAUUUUAUUUGCAAAAAAAAAAAAACAACCAAAAACACAAAACACCCUUCCCCAACCCCUGCCUACUUCCAUACUCCCUUUGUCCUGCCCUGUGGCGGGACUGAAGAGCUAGAAGGAAGCAAUGAGUGUACCCUCCCAACGUCUCCCCCAAGAAGGUCUCCACUGUCCUCUGGGCGCCUUCCUCUCUUGGGGGGACACCGCUGGAGAAGAACCACCACUGUCCUCGCUGCCUCUAGAGCCAGGAACAAACCAGCCCCCUGGGCUCACUAAGCCCCAGCCUCUUCAUCACUUUAAGCGCUUUGUCAAAGGAUUUUGCACUCUGGGUUUCUUUUGUGGCUAAGAGCUCCUUUCCAGUGACCAGAAUAGAUUCUCCAAGGUUGGCUCUUUUUGGAGGGGUUGGGGGGGGGUCGGGAGGAUGUCUUCACUCCUACUUUCUUGACCCCUGACCUGAUUCUGUCUCUUUGCUAUCAUCCCCAUGCAUGGGCAAAAAUGCUGUUGUAUACACACCCAGGACUUUCCAGCCAAAUGAAGCAGAUUUCCCCAUGUUCCCCCAUCCCUUCCGGUUUGUCAUGAGCCGUUGUGGGAUUUUUCGCUGUGUCUGUUGUCCCCUCUCUGUCUUUCUUUCCCUUCCUCUAAUCUCAUACUUGUAUAAAAUAAUAAUAAUUGUAUUCCAAGUAAGGCAUGUAGCACAUUUACCAAUUUCGUGUACUCUGAAAAAAGAAAAAAAAUACAAAUUCCUACCACCAA